AUUUGUCCAAAGUGUACGUACACAUGUCUGUCGAGGACCCAUGGCAUGGUGCCAUUUGGGACGCCGCGAGUGCGAUCUUCCAAGAGCUGAAUCCAGAGAAUCCGUCGAUGGUGGAUUUAACGGAGCUGGAGACUCUCUGCAUGCGCAUGGGGGUGCGGCUGGCAGCGCAUGACCUCACUCAGGGCAUGUAUGACUUGGACACGACAGGGGCCAUGGUCAUUCCAUUGGACGUGUUUUGUCUGUGGUGGCUUCGUCGCCUACGAUCGGAGGAAGCGGCGGCGGCGGCACUGGCCAUCGAAGCAGCCGCUGCCACGGGGCCACCGGCCACCCACGUUUGGGAAACCGUAGUCGACGGGGCUGCCAGGUACUACUACGACCAUGUCAGCGGCGAGACCAAGUGGGACCUGCACGAGUUCGUCGCGGCGGCCAGGUCAUAUUUCGCGUCCCUUAAAGACGAAUCGACUGACGACAGAGCGCUCUUGACGUUAUUCGCCAAGCACGACUUGUCUAGUCGGGGCAAGCUGGACGCGGACGAAUGGAGAGGAUUGUUGCUCGGUUUAGGCCUUCCUGGCACCCUGCUGUCGAUGGCCGAUGUCGCAGGUCAGGCCAACGACGUCACAUACGAACACUUGCACCGGUGGUGGCAUGCCAACGUUCCCCAGAAAAGCCGGGAGCGCAUGGCGGACUGGACCGAGUGGUGGCGUUUAGUGGAUGAAACCCACAUCGUGACGUUCUGGAACGAACGGACGACUGUGAGGCAGUGGUACCCGCCGUCCAUCCCGACGGCCCUCGUCACCCUGCUGCAGGCCGAAGGGUUCGUACAAACCCCGACGUCCUUGGACGAGGCGUUUGCCCAGUGGUUUCAGGCGCUGGAUGUGGAUGGCGACGGCGCUCUGAACGCGACCGAGUUCACUUCGAUGCUGGCAUUGUUAGGCCACACCAACGUAGCUGACAAAGAUGUCCGGGUAGCGAUGACUGACUGCACUUUCAAGUACUGGGGCGACAUCACACCUUCCGUCGAGUCGCUUGUUGGAUAUGACGCCAUCGUCAUGUGGUGGCGGCAAUGCUACGCAAAGGGGGUGCUGGGGGAUUGGGAAGAAGUGGCGACAAUCGAUGAAGUGGAUGGUCGUGCACGGAUGUACUAUUACAAUUGGAAGACACAAGUCACGCAAUGGGAGCCCCCGGUCGUGACGGGCCAGCUGCAGACACUCCUGGACCAGUUUAGUGCCGACCCGACAGUGUCGACGAACGAGCGUAUCCGCCGGCUAUUUGUGCAGUACGAUACCGAUGAAACGGGGGCGUUGGAUGCAUCGGAGCUCGAACGAAUUUGCGCGGCGCUCGGGCAUCGCCUCGAUGGACCUGCAUUGGACUCGAUGAUGCGCGUGCUGGACACAUCGGGGGACGGUGUUGUGAGUUUGGAAGAGUUUCAAGCGUGGUGGCACUCGAAACUCCACGUGGACCACCAGUUUCAAGUGGCCGUGGAGCAGCGGUCCCGUGCCGACGACAUCCGCGCCAUCGUUGCAACGUACUUGAAGAGAUCUAUACAUGAUUCUACUCCGUUCGAGUCGAACGUUGUGCCUCGCUUGGUGCAGCUGCUGGGCCGAACGUGCCGGGGCGCGCCGCUCCUUCGCGCUCUCCAUGAAAUGGACGCCGACGGCACGCGACUCAUCGACGUCUCCACGUUUAUUUCCUGGUAUUUAAAGUACGACAAAGCCUGUGGAGAAGCAGAGACGAAAGCCCGCGAAGCGCAGCACGCCCAAGAAGCCAUGGACGUGUGGGUCGAAACAGUACAGGACAACGGCACUCGUGUGUACGUAAAUUCACGAACAAACGAAACGAUGUGGGAAAAGCCAGGGAUCCAGCAACAUAUGGACGCAAUGGGAAAGGACUUGAAGGCUAUCUUUCGACAAUUCGAUAAAGAUGGCUCUGGGUCGAUCGAUGCUGUGGAACUCCAAGCGCUGCUUGGCAAGCUUGGGCAACCGGUGGACGGCGACCAGAUGCAACAUGUGAUGAAAGCGAUGGACACGAGCGGCGACGGGGUCGUGACGCUGGACGAGCUCACGACGUGGUGGGUGUGCAUGCAGCGCCGGGUCAUCGGGACCGCCAACGCCGCGGUGCUCAAGGACCAAGUGAUGGACUACCACCAAAUGUCCAAGGACGCCGUCAAGGCGCUGCGGGGGCUGUUUCACCAGUUCGACACGGAUCACUCCGGAUCGAUUGACACGCACGAACUCAAGCAUUUGCUCCACCGAUUGGGGUACAAUCCCUCAGAAGCCGAGCGAAAGAAACUGCUGGACGCGAUUGACACGUCGGGAGAUGGCAGCAUUAACGUCGACGAGUUCAUUGCGUGGUGGGUGACGGUGCAUCGAACGAGGGAAAUCCAGUCCAAAGCUGCGCAAGAUGGUCAUCUGUUGGCGUCGAUCCAGGCGGCGUCAGCUGCUGCGGCCGAAUCCGCGACCUCAGCAUCCAAGGCGGCGGCCACGCGCUUCGACCUGCCCGACUUGAGCGUGACCAACUUCCGCAACAAACUCGUCGACUUGCGAUACAACUGGUCCAAGGGUCCUCCUCUCGAGCUACCUGUGCCAGAGCCGGACGCGCCCGUCGAUUUCGGCGGCCCUCGGCUCUUCGGCACUGCGGACAUUUCACACACGCAUCCGUCGAUUGUGGCCGUGAUGCGGUUGUUAAUUGACGAUGUGGUGCUCAUCACCCCCUUGCUUCUGCCCGACGCGGCCCAGCGCAUUCAAAAAAUGUACCGCUCCAAGCUCGCGCGGAAGAAGCUCAUUCAAACGCUCAACGAUCGAUUCGUACACCACCACGACCCUACAACAGGCGCGUCGUACUAUAUGAACCGCUUGACCAAAGAAAUUCGAUUCACCAAACCAUUGCUGCUCGGCCACCACGAAAUUCAAAGCCCGCGGUCCCGACUUCGUGAAAAACAUGUCCAUCAAGCCAUGACGUUUCGACGGAAGUGGAUGGUCAGCAUCAUGCAAGCAAAUGCUUUGUCGACAACCAACCAGCAGCAGCAUCUGCACCACCUGUCGUCCUCGCCUACGUUUCGCACGGCAGCAUUUUAUGUUCUAUGGGAUAUAUCAAUCAAUGCAUUGAUAUAUAUAUAUGCAUACAUGGUAAAUUAUUAUAGAUACCAAGUUCUUUGUAACAUCAAAGCGCGGUGGAAACUCGGAGUGUGGCCAGCGUUGGCUGCGAAAGAGUAUACAUUGGCCCAACUAGUUGUCCGGCAUUACCCUCGCCAGCUGAAAAAGCCAGGACCGUGGGGAGAUUUGCCACUACACUUUGCCAUGCGACAUCGUUUGAGCAUGGCCGUAAUCACGACGUUUCUCAAGGGCAAUGUGGACGUGGUAACUAUGACCAACGCCAGCGGCCACACGCCACUGCACUUGGCCUGCCGAGACUAUCCCUCCAUGGAGGUCGUGUCCAUUUUACUAGGGGCCCCCCAUGGCACCCUAGCCUGUUCCAGAGGGUGCCCAGGUACCCUCCAAACGCCCCUCCACGUUGGCAUCCGCCACCACGCGCCCCUGGCAGUGCUGGCCCUCCUCUUGGACGCGGACGAGAGCGUACUAUUUCAGAGAAAUCAAGCCCGCAACACGCCGUUCCACGAAGCCCUCACGGCAAACUCCCGGUCCGACCAGUUGGACAUCCUCAAGCUGUGCGUAUUGUACGAUACCUCCCCGUCAAACUCGUCCUCGUUGGCCGCUAUGCCAGCGUUUGAAAGCGCGUGGCCUUUGCAUAUUGCACUUCAGCACAACCCAAGUGAUUUGAUCGUGCGAUAUGUGUUGGAUCUGGCGCCCCAGGCUCUAGUCGUACCAUUUCGCCAGCUGCUGCCUCUGUUUCUGACCAUGAAACAUCGGCGGUCCGAGGCUUUGAUCAUGCACUUUGCCCAGCAAACGGUCGUGGCCAUUCACCCCCCCAUGACAAUUUGCACUUCGAAGCAGUUCAACCCCGUGCAUUACGCCCUGUUGUAUGGAUUUUCUCCUGGCUUGGUGCUGUUCUUGCUCACACUUUGCCCCGAGUGGGCUAGCCAAGCCAACCACAUGGGCGACUUUCCACUGCACAUUGCUGUCGCUUCCACGUCGCCGUCGGAUCUAAAUGUGUUGAAGAAGCUAUUGCUGCUGGAUCCGGCGCCUGCCCGAUUGCCAAAUGUAGCAGGGCGACUGCCGCUGCACUUGGCCGUGGAACGAGGGGACGUAGACGCGGUGAAGAAACUCCUUCAAGUGUGUCCGUGGUCGCUACUGGACAAGAUCACAGGCACCCCCUACGACGCCCUCCUUCUCACAGCCAAGGCCACCACCACUACAAGCAACAACGAAUCGAUCGUGGAUGCUCUGCUCGUGCCUCCGAAACUUGCUCCGAAACGGCCCAAAGGCACGGUGCUGGGACUGUCGCCGUACUACGUGGCUGCUACGUCACGGUCAUCGUCAUCAGUGUCUUGCUUUGACAAAUUGCACGUGCUCGACACUUGCACUUCGGACGAUUUGUAUGAGAUGGCCCGCAAGAAGAUGCGCCAGGCGUUCCACAAACCCACCGACCAGUGGGACCUGCCCAAGAUCCUCCGGCUCAUGGCGCUGAAUCCGCUGGACGCGGCGAUCCAAACGCGCAGUUUGCUAGCCAUCAAUGGAAUUGUGCGAUCGUUUGACGAAAGUUCGCGGGAAACGUGCUUGGAAACACUCGACAUUGUACGUACGUUGCAGCACACCAUGUACGACUUUACGACCAACCCCCGCAUCCAACUGCUCGGCCAAAAGUGCCUCAAUCAUCUCCUCCCCACCGCGUUUGCCAAAGCUAAAUACCAAAGCCGCAUCGAUCCACUGUAUAAAUUUUAAAUAGUUAUGUUACCACGAUCCUG